AUGGCAAUGAUGGUGGUGGUAGUGAUGGCAAUGACGGUGGUUGUGAAGGUAGUGAAUGUGGUGGUGCAAAUGGUGGAGUUGGAUGUGGAAGUGGAGGUGGUGACAUUUCUUAAAAUGAAUGCUGAGAAGGCGAAGAAGGAUGAGAUUAAGAAGGCGGAGCGCGCGGCGGAGCUGAUGGUGGACGCAGUGAAUGGCAGCAUUCAAGAGUCGUUGGUGAACGAGAAGCUAAGUGAGUAUGAAAUUAGGGCCUUGACCGCCACCAUCACUCGCUUCACCAAACAGACCGAUCAAUGGCUCUCUGUCACUCAUUCUAUGAACUCCGCCAUUAAGGAAAUUAGAGAUUUUGAGAAUUGGAUGAAGAUCAUGGAGUUUGAUUGUAAGAGUAUCACUGCAGCUAUUCACAACAUUCACCAAGCAUGA